CCUGUGCCUCGCCUCUCUGCUUUUUACUGUCUUGGGGGGGACAGCAGCCAGUCAUGAACACCAAGUCCUCGCUGGACGGGAACGCUGACCACCUUAAAUCCGGGGAGGCUCAGGAGAUCCCCCCUCUGAGGAACUAUCUCUGCCUCACCAUGUUCACCUGUUUCUGUCCUGCAUGGCCCAUCAACAUUGUGGCGCUGGUUUUCUCUGUGCUGGCCCAAAGGAGCUACGACGAAGAGGACUACGACGGCUCCAAGCAGCUGGGUCGUAAAGCACUCCACCUGGGGAUUGUCUCUUUCGUCAUUGGCCUUGUGAUCAUCACUGCGAGCACCGUCGUGCACUUUACCACGCAUGUGGUGUGACCUCUUGAGGAGGAAGAGGAGGUGGAAGUGGAGAAGAGGUGAUGGAGAGAUCAGCUCCACGGGAUGCAAAGCAGCUCCGCUUGGCUUCAGUGAUCAACGGCUCCGGAGGUUUUGCAAGAGCUGGCAGAGUCUCACUGUGCUGCUGAAUACAUCUUUGUUUCAGCUGUUGUGUAAAUGAUAUUGCAAUGAAACUUCUUACAGUUUUUUUAAUUGCAAAGUGAAAGGAAUGACGCAUCCUACCAGUACUCCCACUGAGGACACAUGGGGCUUUUCUGUAACUAAAGACCUAUGGUUUUACUUUUCCAUUAUAUCUUAUUGUUUACUGUAACUGAAUGAUUACUGGAAAAUGUAUCUAACGUUGGCAUGUUGAAAUAUUGCUCUGCUUUAAGUUGUGGGCAUAAAAAUGUAAAAUAAAAAGUCUGGUAAACAAACCAGAACUGCAAAUAACAUAUGAUUUAAAAGGAGUUUAAUUUGAAAGUUACAUAUUAAAUAAUCAUAUUUCCUGAGAUUAAAUAAAAACUAGUUCAGAAAUGCAGAUUUCCUAACUUGAGAUGACCAAAAUGUAUAUUUCUAACAAUGACACAAUCCAUAUUUCUGAAGGCAUCAAUGCAAUAUAAUAACAGAGACAAUGAAUAGAAUGAUACAGCAACAAUAUGGUAAAAUACUGCCCAAUAGUAGUGGACCAACUGGCCUCAGUUCACACCCAGCUUUGACACCUGUUGUAUUUUAAUGAGUCUGAGGGAUUGUGUGCUCUGAUAUGUAAUAUUAACACUGUUACAAGGCUAAAAAUAAGAGCAUAUAAUCUUCAUGCUACAUGUGCAGUGAUCCAACAAACUAAUUACAGAGGAAAUACAAGUUUAAUCACCAACAUAUCAAGAUUGAGGCCGGCACGGCACUCCUUCUGUGUGGAGUUUGCAUGUUCUACCCUUGUUAGCGUGGGUUUUCUCCGGGUUCUCCGGUUUCCUCCCACAGUCAAAAGACAUGCAGGUUAAUUGUGGACUCUAAAAUUGCCCAUAG